AUGCCUUCAAAUCAACUUAUUACCUUUUUGGUGAUCGUCGUUAGUCUUUUACUGCAAGGUAAUAACAAUGCGGUCGUCGAAGCACAACUCAACCAAGAUUUCUACUCAUCGACUUGCCCUUCUCUUCUCCCCAUUGUCCGAGGGGCAGUUAGAACUAACAUUCUACUCGAACCUCGAAUGGGUGCAUCUAUCCUUCGUCUCUUCUACCACGACUGCUUCGUCAACGGAUGUGACGGUUCGAUUCUACUAGAUGACACAUCAAGCUUCACGGGAGAGCAAAAUGCGGCCUCAAACCGCAAUUCUGCUCGUGGGUUUAAUGUCAUCGACAACAUCAAAUCAAGGGUUGAGAGAGAAUGUCCUGGGAUCGUCUCUUGUGCUGAUAUCUUAGCCAUAGCAGCUAGAGACUCCGUUGUACAACUUGGAGGGCCAAGUUGGGAUGUUCUUUUAGGAAGAAGAGAUGCAAGAACGGCGAGUCAAGCGGCGGCGAAUAGUAGCAUUCCGGCCCCCACUUCGAGUCUGCGCGAGCUUAUUACUAGUUUCCGCAAAGCUGGAUUCACCACUAGAGAGAUGGUUGCUCUCUCCGGCGCACACACGAUAGGGCAAGCCCAAUGCAGAAACUUUCAAACGAGGAUCUACAACGAGACAAAUAUUUCCCCCUUUUUCGCUGCCAGGCUCCGGCUAAAAUGUCCACCAACCUCCGGCGACAGAAAUCUAGCUUCACUCGACUACCUUACACCAUUUGUUUUCGAUAACAAUUACUUCAGGAACCUCAUGAGUCAGAAAGGUCUCCUCCAUUCCGACCAAGAGCUCUUCAACGGUGGCUCCACCGACUCCAUUGUCCGUGAGUACAGUCAAAAUCCUACGCUUUUUCGCUCUGAUUUCUCGGCAGCUAUGUUCAAGAUGAGUUUAUUGAACCCUUUGACUGGUAGUGAUGGUGAUGUCCGGCAGAUAUGUGGGAGGAGGAGGAGGACCAUGUGGUUGGAAAAUAUUCCAAAUGUCACUCCCUCCCUAAAUAAGAUCCUUUGA